UAGUCAGAGGUGCGGUGUCCACUAAGUCCCCAUGCGUUCCGUUGCCUACAUGGCAACUUCCUCAGGUGAGCCCACAACAAUCUUGAUAUUUGACCUAACCCUCUCUUCUAUUGCUGGUAUCUGCUACUUAAGCAUUACUUUAUCUCACUUCAUGCAUAUACUUUAUUCCUUAUUAUGUCACUUUGAUAUGGUUUGAUUUGCUUGUCACACAGUAAUUUUUUUAUUUUUUGUAUUGUUUACCAUAUGUGUGUAUAGGCACUUUAUUCAUCUUAGAGGUUCCCUAAUUUGAGGGUGGGUCAUAUUUUUUCAUUGUAUACAGUACGGUAGUCCAGGUGGGGGCCAUAUUGGCUUCCCCCCUGUCUUGUAGGUGGCUCUGUGUUGAGCCUUUUAAGUGUUUUUAAAAAUCUGUGUCUUUUUGUAAUUGUUCUGCAAUAAAAUUAUUUGAUUUAUCUUAUCUCAUUUUGGGUGUGCACAUUUGUAUGAUAUCUUCUUUGUUCUUGGAUUUUCUGUAAUAGACCCUAACCCAUCAUCAUCUGUAAGAAAAGUAGGGCAUAUUGUCAUUCAGCUGCUGGUUCUAUUGUUUUCAAAUAUAGAAACCACUACUAGAGGAGUCUGGAAGCACCUUACCCCUCCUCUCUCCAAUAGAACACAAAAAACUUUAGCUGUAUGGAGGGAACUGGUAAAAGUAAAAGCUUUUAGCUGACUGCUAUUUAACGUGUAUGGCCAGUUGGGGCACCAAGUUUAUGCACCAUAUACAGCAAGUUAGUUACUACUAAAUAGAAGAAAAGCAAAUGAACUUAGGCUGGCAUUCAGACCGCCUAUAACUUAUUAAAGGAAUAUCUUGGGAAGAAAUCUAAAUUUAAAAGGAUCCUUUGGAACCUUCAAAAUGGAAGUGGAUAUUAAAGGAGAUAAGAGGACUAGCAUUUCUUCUAUACCUAUUUCUGGCACAAUAGAACGGAAUUCUCCAUUAAAAGUAGAACCAGAGAAGCCACGUUGUUCUAGUACACCAUGCUCCCCAAUUCGUAGGACUGUGUCAGGCUAUCAGAUCCUUCACAUGGAUUCCAAUUAUUUAGUUGGGUUUACCACAGGAGAAGAGCUUCUGAAGCUAGCACACAAGUGUGCAGCAACUGAAGAGAAUUCUGCUGAGGCCAUACCGUCUUUUCGUGCCAAGCAGCAUGAUUCUGGACUGUCCCGCUCCUCUCGAAUAUACAAAGCUAAAGGGCGUCACUAUCAGCCAUAUGAAAUUCCUGCCAUAAAUGGAAGGAGGCGAAGGCGAAUGCCAAGCUCAGGGGAUAAGUGCAAUAAAGUUAUUCCAUAUGAGUCUUACAAGGCUGUUCAUGGUCCUUUACCACUUUGUCUUCUCAAGGGUAAGAGAAUACAUUCAAAGUCCUUGGACUACCUCAACCUAGAUAAGAUGAACAUCAAGGAAUCCGCUGACACAGAAGUGUUGCAGUACCAACUCCAGCAUCUUACUUUGAGGGGCGAUCGGGUUUUUGCAAGAAAUAAUACCUGAAGAGGAGAAAUUCUGAUUUAUCUUGCACCUUUCUUGUAGCACAUUUGAAAAUCACCUAAAGAAACGUGCUACACAAUGUAGUGGAUGUGUUGUAUAGGUAGCAACUGCAAGUAGGUUGUCAACUUCUACCAUAUGACAUUGAGCAUCUUACUAAAGCCACUUGGUUUACCAGUUGAUAGAGGUGCAUCGGUUUUCAAGCCAUUCCUUUCUUCAAGGAGCAAGACUUUCUGAGUGUGGCAUUACAAUGGAUUAGGGUUAGAUAGCGGAAUCAUUUUUGAUUGAUAAAUAUGUGAUGAAAUUUCAGACUGUUUUAAUGGAAUCAAAAGAAGCUGAUUUUACACUAAAAUAUGUUGUGGUUGAUAACACUUAGAUUAUUCAAUGUUAGAUUAUUCAAUGACUGAACUUAAGAUACCUGUGUUAAUAAGUUAUUAUUUAGAUACUGAUAAACACCCUUGAAUACUUGUUUUGUUGUUUACCUGCUGAAUGUCUGAGAAUUAAUAUAUACUGUAGUAGUUUUACGAUAUAGGUAAUAAUAUAGACCACAGACCAUGCCCUUUCUUACCAUCCAUUCUUCUGAAAAUGAAAUCUGCCAUCUGUGGAUUGCUUCCCUUAAAAGACCCAGUCGCAAGUUCGAUGUUUUUCAUGAAUUUUGAAUCUACUUUCCUUUUAAGUUUACUUUGUAGGAUUGAGCAAUAUCUAUUUAUAUAUAUAUAUAUAUAUUUUAAUUAUUAACUUGUAAGUGCUCGGGAAAACUACUGAAAUGGGAAGUAUGAGAGAAAUAUCCAUACAGAUGGAUAGAGUUUAUGUGAGAUAAAGAAAGUGUUGUGUCAUGUCAUACGAUGCACCAUAUUGUCUAUGACCACUCAGUGUGUAUGAGAUUGUCACAAUGCUGAACCGGAACAUCUAGUUCUAUAUUGUGCCAUUUUAUUGGAAAAAACAAACAAACUUGCAUUUAAUAGCACUCAUAGCCUUUAACUACUCUAUGAGGACACGUUCGGAGAUUGUUGACACCUUGUCCACCAUCCAGUCCAUCAGCCAACUGCAAUAGCAUGAGGUUAUAUAGUCCUCUGUAACUGGUUCUACCGCAAAGUUCUUGUGGUAACAUUUGUGCUUGUUUUUGUGACUACAGACAGAUUACAUUUUUUUUUUCUCUUGUACCAUGUUUUAUGAUUUUCAUGUUUUACGAUUUCAGUGGUAGAUAUAUUGUAUAGCAAAUCACUACAAAGAGGACAAAGUGAUAUUGUACACCAUGGAAGUUAUUAUAAAGCCCCCCUAAGUUGACAAGUUAACAAACAUGUGCCAGUUUUUGAUAAUCAAACCAAAUGUUUGGUUAUUAUGCUUUUUUUCUUUGCUAUUAGAACUUUUUUUUACAUCAGCCUCACUUUUAGCAGAUUUCCUACAUGUGCAUUUAGAAUUCUCUGACUUUCUCCUCAGGAACCGACUACAAAUGGCAGCCUAGGUAUUUGCAUUGCGGUAGACAAAGUAUCACUUUCUAGUCUUUUGCUGAAAUGAAUUUAGAUGCCUGACUGUUCAUGUGUUGCUACUGACGGAAUUCUAGUUGUUAAUACUCCUUACUACUGUUGACGAUUGUGCUCAUACGCAUUACUUAUUUUCAUACAGUUUGCCCAUGGUGGCUUUUUCUGACCCAUCGGUGCAGUCAUCGGUGUAGCCAUCCAUCUAUGUACAAACUAUUGCACUCUAAAAGAAUGGCUUUUUCUUUUAAUUCAUUGUGGAAUCGAGAACUCAGAUGUUAUUGGCAUAUCCAAUUCUCAGACAAUUUCUCCAGUUUUCCAAUCUUUCAGACCUAGAUUUUAGUUUUCAACUUCAUUCUUAUUUUAGUAGCAUGACAGAAGUACUUCAGCAGGUUACCGUAGACAUGUAAGAUUUUUUUUCUUAAUAGUCUGAUAAACUUCUUUAAGGGGUACACCAGUGGAAAACUUUUUUUUUUAAAUCAACUGGUGCCAGAAAGUUAAACAGGUUUGUAAAUUACUUCUAUUAAAAAUUCAUAAUCCUUCCAGUACUUAUUAGCGUCUGUAUACUGCAGAGGAAAUUAUUUUCUUUUUGGAUUUCUUUUCUGUCAUGACCACCUCUGUCCAUUUUAGGAACUGUCCAUAGUGGUAUAUGUUUGCUAUGGGGAUUUUCUCCUGCUCUGGACAGUUUCUAAAAUGGACAGAGGUGUCAGCAGAGAGCACUGUGGUCGUGACAGAAAAGAAAUCCAAAAAAAAGAAAAAGAAUUUGCUCUGUAGUAUCAGCUACUAAUAAGUACUGGAAGGAUUAAGAUUUUUUUUUAAUAGAAGUAAUUUACAAAUCUGUUUAACUUUCUGGCACCAGUUGAUUUUUUCCUCCGGAGUACCCCUUUAAACUUCCUUAAGGUUGUUUAUGGUUGUCAGUGCCUUAAUUUCAAUCAUGUGAUGGCUGUGCAUGUAGUAUCAUACAUAGAAGCUACAGCUGCAUGUUGAAUAAUAAGUUAAUGACAUUAAUCUUAGAUUUUAUACUUCAAACCACUAAUUCUUUAAAAGCUUGUCACACAGACCCCCAUCGAUCUUCAGAUAUAGCUUGGGAGAAGCCUGUGGCUUUGCACUUCUCUCUGGUUUUCCACUAGAUCCAACUCUAUAAGUUUAUGGAUCUUGUCUUCUACAAUGAAUCGGACUAAGUGGUGAUUUGGGGAGAGAAGCGCACAGCCACAUGCUUCUAGAUAUUGUCGGGGUCUCGGCUCUAACAUUAAUGCUAUGAAGUUAAUCCAUUACUUUCUGUAUCAUCUUUAGGCAGCAUGUUAUAGAACAGGGGGAGCUAAAUGGAUUCAUUAGUUUUGUGGGAACAUUGAUUGAUCUAAAUCUGCCUUCUGUGGCCUUUAAGUUCAUAGGCUGUGCGGUGCCACACUCGCCAUCACAUUCUGGUGGACAGUAUAUUCUGUACUGAUUGACGGUUCAGACUAGCUGCUUUAUGGUGAUGUCACUUCUGCUGGCCUGAAUGUGUAGGCUCCUCAUGCAACAUCGGGACACAGAGAAACUCCCUGCCUUAACCUGGAGACAGCUUAAGUUAGGAAUGAGAGCUUACAGUGCAACGGGAACGGGAGCUCCUGUCCAUGCACAAAUAUACGUGCUCCUGAUUUCAUGUUGUCACCAAGAAGGAUUUACAGGGAAGACAAUGCACAUGCAUGGCCAGGAUUGUUAUAUCUCUGCCCAGGUCGAAUGCUAUAGUAACAAAGAGUAAAUAAUAAAAAUCAGCAGGGGCUAAUAUCUCCCAAACAGCACAACAAAGGUCUAAAUACCUUAUUGCAUCAACACUUAUUGGGGGCAGGGGAAUCUUUUUAGAUCACAUUGAUGAAAUAGGAAAACACCAUUAAGGUUAAUGGACAGAUAUUGUGCCAAAUUUACUACACCAGUGCACACAAUGUGAUCAAAGAAGUUGAGAUAAUUUUUUCUUCACUAAUACAAUGCAGCACAGGCUAUAUACCUAUUUUAGUUGAUAUGGCAGGCAUUGGUUGUCUGUCAUCUUGAUUUCCUAUUCCACACUGAUGUGAUUUCCCUAUGCAGACUUCCUUUGCUAUGAUGCAUUUGACAUUGCAGAGAUAGAGAGGUGAAGUUUCAUAUCUGCACAUGCUAUGAGACCUAUCUAAGUGCAGUAAGUGAUAGAUCAGUGGCAUAGAACUUCUGUCCCCAGACACGGUAUUGUAUGUAAAGGGCCUGUCUCCUUUUCUCUCUUACUGUAGUUCUUUAUCUCCCCUGUUCCCAUAGAGAUUGCAGCUGCAGUAUAAAGAUUUAGCUGCGUGGGGAGGUAUCUGAUCUGUGAUAAUGUAAUCCUGGAGGUCUCAGGAAGUCAGUUGACACAGGACAGACCGCUUUGCUUCCUGUUACACAUAAAAUAACUUUAUAGUGAUCUGAGUGGUGGUCACAGGACCUGACAGCAAUAAGGAAAUGUAUGGCUUCAGCUGAGUUGAGGUGAAACAGAUGACACUGCAGGAAUACUGGGGGCGAGUGUAGAUUAUUCUAGUGAGCCAUCAUUUGUGUGCGCUUUGCUUAAUCUCUGCCAGAAUUCAUGUAGAUGUCAGGUGUAUUCUUAUGGAAAUGUGGGGACAAUGUAUUAGAAAUGGGUUUUAGGUACACUAAAAAUAGAUUGUUAGAGGGAACUCAAUGGAAUUCUGAACCUGCAUUUUGGGAAGUCUUAUGUGCCACAUAUGCUUAAAAUGGUAUUAUAGUUUCAGCAAAUACAUGUUAUUUUUUGUACAGUAAAACGUUAUACAUCUUAUUAAUAUACUUUCUGUAUUAAAUCUAUUAAAUGACUGCAGAGAUCUUGAAAACCAUAGAGAAUAUAUUGUUAAAGGGAACCUGUCAUCACUUUUCAUGCUGCCUAAACCAAAAUCACUUGGGGUGGUGGUCCCUGGUUGCUUCUCCCCACCUCGCCAGCCUUCAUAGAGAGCUCUCUCCCUUUACCCAAACAGCCAUAGAUCUAUCAAGGUUGGUCGGGUGGGGACAAGCUGCAGGGACAACCUAAAGACUCAUGGUUCAGGCUGACUAAAGGUGAUGACAGGUUCCCUUUAAAAAGGACCUUUCUGCUAUCCUGACUUGAUAUGUAAAAACUAGGCACUGCACUGUUCCUCUGUUAUUUUUUCUGGAAAUGUAUGAAUUUAGUGACAACUGGGUAUUACCAUUCCCUUAGUCAAAAUGGAACAGUCUAAACAAACAGUAUACAGACACCCCCCCUAUUGAUGACACCCAGUUGUCAUUAUAUACAUAAACUUUUUGCUCCAAAAUUGUUACAUUAGAAUACCACAGUUCACUAAAACAAAUGAACAGUCCAGGCAAGAUUGAUGCACUGUUUUCUGACUAGUACACAGGUGGAAACGGUGGUGCAUGUAGGGAUUAAAACAAUUCUGCCCCUCUGGCCAUGUACUAGACUAGAUAUGUUCAGUGGGGAUAUAGUGAGACAAUCACAACUAUAACUACAUUAGAUAGAUUAACUGGUCCUGGCUUAGAUACCAAUUUUUUUUAUAACAUCGGUUAUGGUAAUAGCAAAUACGCUGUUACAAUCCUAUUGUCUCUCACACUUAUGUUGCUAUUUUUUUCUCGGUUGCAUGUUCAUAUUUGAAGUGCACACAAAUUCUGCCAUGCUGUAGAUAGGCUAUCAGUGUAAUAUUAGCUUAAAGCUUGUCUUCUGGGUUCUUAGUGCUCAGCAGAACUAAGAAAUACGAUUUGGUGACAUUGACAGCAGCAGAAUCCAAAAUGGCCAUUUAUGCCCCUCUAUGUACAAAUUGUACAACUGAGUAAGCCACCUGAUUCUCAAUCUUAUUCUAAAAAAUAGAUUUUCUUUGUUAUUUAAAGGGGUAUUUCCGCCUCUUACAAAAAAAAAAAAUAAUAAUAAUUGCCUGCGGUUAGGGGUAAGGAAUAGGAAAUAAAACAUACCUACCUAACCCCGGUCCCUUCAGCUCCUUUUUCUGGUUCCCCAAUCUUUCUUUUUUCCUGCUUGGAGUAGGACCUGUCCUUGUAGACAAUCACUGGAUGAGACAGGGCACCGCUGAGUGGAGUGUGCAGGGGACUAGGAGUUGGUAAGUAUUUUUUUUUUUUUUUUUUUUGCUGUUCCCUCCAGCCAAAGCAGAAUUUCAUUAUUAUAAAAGGCUGAAAUACCUCUUUAACUAUUUACUUUCACAUUUUGCAGCCCCUUGACAUUAAAGGCUUACCAUAGUAAGGCCUUGGAAUAGUAAUCAAUAGAGUAAAUAAUGGAAUGUCCACACCGAUUUUUCUUUGAAAUCUGUGUCCUAAUGUGUGCUGUAAUUCAUACAGCAGAGACUUUUUUAGGCCACAUAUCUGAAUUCUGCACAGAAAAAAAUCACAUGUGUAAUUCAGAUACUGCAGAACCUCUUUUCAAAAGGAUGAGGACUCUUACUCUUCAAAAAGAGGUUCUUCAGCAGGUGGGGUUUGUAACAUAAAAAUGAUGUGCCACCUAGUAUAAAUUAUAAGGAAUAUAAGAAGUCACCUCAGCGUUCCAUGACCGGUAUGAAUGGUAAAAAAGAAGAACCGAUUGUAACCAGAACAAUUUUACUUUGCAUCAGUUUUUACUCAUAACAUUAUUAUACGAUUUUCUGACCAUUUCUCUGUAUCCAAAGCCUAAUGGUAUCUUCUGACUUGGCCAUACAGUUCUCAUUUAACAUGCAGGUUGCACUGAAUAUUUACUUUCUUUGCUAUAAGAUUGUCUCUUUCCUAUAAUAUGAAUAUUUGUUCUUUUGUUAUGUGGUUGUUGAUUCAGGAAAUUUUUAGUUACUUGUUUGAUCUUUGUUAACCUGUCCAUUUCAUUGUUGUAUUUUGUUUUGCAUCCAUGUGGCAUAAAUAAAUAAAAUCCAUUUUCAGAC